GCACAUCAAUUCUCAUCUCCCCCCCCCUCGUCUUCUGCCGACACAGACAUCCAUGAGCACCGACGAAGUCGAAUUUGCUAACGAGAUCCUCGUUGCCCUCGCCUCCAAGUCCGCCUCGCCUCUGCGGGAUGCCGAGACACCCCUGCAACUGGCGCCGCCGUUGUCCCAGCCCGUCGAGCUGAGCUUGCCCCGGAUUCGGCCAGAUGACCUCAACCCCAAGAUCACCGUGACUAUCAAGGUGCUCAAGUCGACGACCCCUCCUCUGACCCUGACACUCUCUCAGUUUGACUUGAUCCGCAAGCUGAAGCAGCAGGUCUCGAAUGCCCACAAGAUCCCUGUCGACAGCAUCCGACUGGUUCUCUCCGGCAAGGCUCUGCACGAUUUCCGCUCGCUGCUCGACUAUGACGUCAAGUCUGGGGCCACCAUUCAUCUCCAAACCAAAGCUUCCACCGGCACAGAGGCGAGCGAGUCAGCCACAGACCCGGUCGGCCCGGUUCUCGACCGGUCAGCGCUGGAGAGCGAGGCCGAGGCCGCCAACAGGGAACAGGAACGCUCCGACGCAGCCCUGGCCCAGAAGGGACUGUCUCCUGACUUCUGGAAGUCAAUCCACGAGCUUAUUGGCCGCGAGUUCGAGCAUCCGGCCGAUGCCAAGAAGGUCUACGGCGAGUUUGUCAAAUCGUACCUGAGCUCCAUUUCCCGUGUGUCGCCCAGCGACCGCCAGGGCAUCCUCACCGCCGCCCAGGUUUGAACCCGCUGGCACCCGAGCUCGCCCAUGACCGACCCAAACGCCGAUUCAAAUGGUCGCCCGAGAGCCUACAGUGGCAUCAAGUGACGGGACAAUCUCUCGCCCAGAAUAAAACCAUUGUCGAACACAAUCCACAGCCUCAGUGCCCAAACGCAGCUCCUCGCGAUGCUGCUGCUUCGUCGUUCACCUGCGAUCUGGAACAAGAAACGCCAGCAGG